GCUGACAGAGCCUCGAGGCUGCCGAAGGGACCGUCGCCAGGGAUGGCAGAGCGCGAGGAUGGAGCCGGUGUCCGGGCUGUUCUCCUGGACGCUGAGCAGAGUCCUGCGGCUCUUGGGCCUCUCUGAGCGGGGAACAGCUCGGCCUCCCCGGAUCAUAGAAGAAAAGGCGCUAGAGGUUUAUGAUUUGAUUCGUACUAUUCGAGACCCAGAGAAGCCCAAUACUUUAGAAGAAUUGGAAGUGGUAACGGAAAGUUGUGUGGAGGUUCAGGAGAUCAAAGAAAAAGAUUAUCUGGUUAUUAUAAGGUUCACGCCAACAGUACCUCAUUGCUCUUUGGCGACUCUUAUUGGACUGUGCUUAAGAGUAAAACUUCAGCGUUGUUUACCAUUUAAACAUAAGUUAGAAAUCUUCAUUUCUGAAGGAACUCACUCAACAGAGGAAGAUAUCAACAAACAAAUGACAAAGAACGAGUGGCAGCUGCAAUGGAGAACCCCAAUUUAAGGGAAAUCGUGGAACAGUGUAUCCUUGAACCUGACUAAUAGCUGUUUUAAGACCUACAAAACUGUUAUUUGAUUUGUUCUUUGUAAAAUGUAAAAGACAUGUUUAAUACACAGGUGGUUUAUACCUCAAAGCAUUUUUUUUUAAA